AUGAUGGUACAGGGACGCCAGACAUCUCUCAACAGCCUGUGGGGCAUCCCGGAGCCGGUGCCACAUGAUCCACCACUCGCUGCGGUUGCUGAAAUCGCCCAGCCAACACAGACUAACCAAGAAUCACAUCCACAUCACCCCGGCAAGCUCAUGUUUGCCCUUCCUAGCAACGUGCUACAACAACUGGAGACCGACAAACAGCACCAGUCACGCGACACAGACCGAGUAGCAGUGCCACCACCACGUGAGAAGCUCAAAUUGACCUUCAAAGUCGCCCCGGAUCAGCUUCGAUUGAUUGCUGAUCACAAGCCUCUUCCAAAGAAGGUCGUUCAUCCGUUUUUCCAAAAGAAACAGAAGAAACAGAGCCACGUGACGGAAAAGACGAUGACGCAACCCGCAACACAAUCUGUGCAGGCUCAGAAACAGAGUCACGUGGUCCAGUCGAUUGGACCGGUUUCUAGAGCACCAAAGAAGCCCCCACCAUCAGCCUGGUUUGGAGUCAAGAAGGAGAAAAAGAAGUUGACAACCCCGUUCCCGAAUCACACAAUGUUUCACGUGAUUCCCGACAGUCACGUCACCAAUGCGCCUGAGAGCCAGCGACUGAGCUUUCAGAAGCGAUAUUCCCGGGAGUUGGGUGCUUCCCACCGUCUAACUAAGACGAAGAAAGGCGCCAUCGAUCUGAAGCUUCCUAUGGUUUCUUUCAAGUCGAAAACACCCUCGUUGCAUCUUCCUAAUCGUCAUGUACUUUCGAGUGAUGGCAUUUUACAGCUUUCACGCGAAAUAUGUGGUGAUCUGACUUCCAAUUCAGCCAUUCAGAGCCUCCUAUCCAGAGUGACGACUUUGUCAGCUUUCGACACUGCUGAUAGAGAAACGCAAAUGUGGGUGGACAAGUACCGACCUCGGUCGCGUCAUGAACUGGUUGGAAGCUCCAAGCAUGUGUCCAACAUCGUCUCUUGGCUCAAGAUACGGCUUUCGAGACGUUCAUGUCUUGUCAAAAGUCCUCAUGCGACUCCUUCGUCAGGCUUCAUCGUCGAUGACGAUGCGGUUAUGAUCUACGACAAUAUCACCGAAACAGACCCUCUUUUGCUGGUUUUGUCUGGUCCCACAAGCUCUGGGAAAAAGGCUUCAUUGAUUGCAGCAUGUGCAGAACUCGAUUUGUUUGUGUUCAAGUUGAACGCGACGACGCGACGGACCCAGAAGGAGCUCAUGUCGGCAUUACAAGGACUAGGAGGAUCUCAGCUCGUCAAUCACAAACAGAAAUCGUGCAUCAUUCUGAUUGAGGACGUUGAUGUGCUGUAUGAAGAUGAAAAGGGGUUCUGGAGUGUGCUGGAAAAGGUUCUGGAGAAGAGCAAGGUGCCUGUGGUGGUCACCACAAGUGAUGUCACCAUCGAGCGUGAGUUUCCACCUAGUUUUGAAGGCCAUGUUGUUUGGGAGAUUUUCGAGAGACUCGAUACUGAGCUAGUCGACUCUUCAGCCCCAGUCCAAGGUAUCAAGUCAUGUGAAUCGGCUGAACCCCCUUCGUCUCCGCCUGCGAGAAAUGUCACACCUCAGAUUGCUGUAUCCAGAGGAAUCCUUCCUACCUAUCUCUCUCUGUUGUGUCUGUGUGAAGGCUACGAGGUAUCUACAGCUGACAUUGUUCAGUUACUGAGCAGGUAUUCACACGAUGUCCGUCAGACAAUCAACCAUCUGCAGUUGUGGUGCCAGAUGGGUGUCGGUGAUCCUCUGGGAGGUUUCAACUGGGUAAUUCCAAUAAGUGAGGGUCAGGGAAAGAGAGUAGUUAGUGGAGAUAUGUUUGUGGGCGUUGAACGAGGUGAGGUGAAUGAGAAAUCGGCUUCUGAAGAGUCACAUAACACAAUCCACUCCCUCCUAGAAACCUACGACAAUGCCAGCAUCUACGACAUUUACUCCAACAGCUUUCACAGUGAACUUAACCAGACCAUGUCGUCUGAUGAGCAUUCUGCACUUGCACAUGAUACUCCCUUGGGUUGGCGGUGUCUCGAAGAAGACUCUAUUGGGGAGUCUGAUGCUCUGGAGUGGGAGUUGGUUGAUAUGAUGGAGGGGCUGAGUUUGGGAGAUAAGACUCGAGAUGGUAAGGUGGCUACCCUAAACAGCUAUGCAGACCGGGUGGGGCUAAAGAAUCUGCUGUUUGACGACAUGAUCUACUAUUCGCAGAUCAACACCGUGUCUAUGGCCACGACCAGGGCCCAGAUCCUGCCCUAUCUCCGAAGCAUGGCUCAGGCGGACUUGUUUUACCAGAACCAGUUUGAGAUACAACAGGCUCAGCUCACUGGCCGCAAAAGUCGGCGAAGCAUGGCUGCUAUGGGCAUUAGCAUUCCUGUGACGCAUCUGGAGUGGGAUCUGGAGGGCAUAAUGGACACGAAAAUGAACAUUGAUGGCUUGUACGAUAAAUAG